CGCAGACGUGGACGUUGCAACAGGAAGUGAGUUCUGCUUUGGCUACGUGGAAGUAGCUUCUCUCCAGCACCGAGGCGAGAGCAUCCUAACUCUCGUGCAUCAACUUUGUUCUGACACCAUGAUUAAAAAGUUUGACAAGAAGGACGAGGAGUCCGGGAGUGGGUCCAACCCUUUCCAGCACCUGGAGAAGAGCGCCGUGUUGCAGGAGGCGCGUAUUUUCAACGAGACCCCCAUCAACCCAAGAAGAUGCCUCCACAUCCUCACCAAGAUUAUCUACCUUCUCAACCAGGGGGAACAUUUUGGUACCACAGAGGCCACAGAAGCAUUCUUUGCCAUGACCAGGCUGUUCCAGUCAAACGAUCAAACCUUGAGGAGGAUGUGCUACCUGACCAUCAAGGAAAUGGCCAACAUCUCUGAGGACGUCAUCAUCGUCACCAGCAGCCUGACCAAAGACAUGACCGGAAAGGAAGACGUGUACCGUGGACCUGCGAUCAGAGCCCUCUGCAGGAUUACAGACACCACCAUGCUGCAGGCCAUUGAACGGUACAUGAAGCAGGCUAUUGUUGACAAGGUGCCCAGUGUGUCCAGUUCAGCUCUGGUGUCCUCACUGCACAUGGUGAAGAUGAGCUACGACGUGGUGAAGCGUUGGGUCAAUGAAGCCCAAGAAGCUGCUUCCAGUGACAACAUCAUGGUCCAGUAUCACGCCCUCGGCCUGUUGUAUCACCUCAGGAAGAAUGACCGUCUGGCUGUCACCAAGAUGCUCAACAAAUUCACCAAAUCUGGACUCAAGUCUCCCUUUGCCUACUGCAUGCUGAUCCGGAUUGCUAGCAAGCUGCUGGAUGAGACCGAGGGAGGACACGACAGCCCCCUGUUUGACUUCAUCGAGAGCUGUCUGAGGAACAAAAACGAGAUGGUGGUGUACGAGGCGGCCUCUGCCAUCGUCCACAUGCCGCACUGCACUGCCAGGGAGCUGGCCCCGGCUGUGUCAGUGCUGCAGCUCUUCUGCAGUUCUCCAAAAGCUGCCCUGAGAUAUGCUGCAGUCAGGACCCUCAACAAGGUGGCCAUGAAGCAUCCAUCCGCUGUCACCGCCUGCAAUCUGGACCUGGAGAAUCUGAUCACGGACUCCAACCGUAGCAUCGCCACGCUGGCCAUCACCACGCUGCUCAAGACAGGCAGCGAGAGCAGCGUCGACCGACUCAUGAAGCAGAUCUCCUCCUUUGUUUCUGAGAUCUCUGAUGAGUUCAAGGUGGUGGUGGUUCAGGCCAUCAGUGCUCUGUGCCAGAAGUAUCCCAGGAAGCACAGCGUCAUGAUGAACUUCUUGUCCAACAUGCUCAGAGAUGAUGGUGGGUUUGAAUACAAGCGAGCCAUCGUGGACUGCAUCAUCAGCAUCAUCGAGGAGAACCCAGAGAGCAAGGAGACGGGCUUGGCCCACCUCUGCGAGUUCAUCGAGGACUGCGAACACACGGUGUUGGCCACCAAGAUCCUGCACCUGCUGGGCAAGGAGGGCCCGCGCACUCCUCAGCCAUCCAAGUACAUCCGCUUCAUCUUCAACCGAGUAGUGCUGGAGAGCGAGGCCGUUCGUGCAGCUGCUGUCAGUGCUUUGGCUAAGUUUGGAGCCCAGAACGACGACCUGCUGCCAAGCGUCCUGGUUCUGAUGCAGAGGUGCAUGAUGGACAGCGAUGACGAGGUGCGCGACAGAGCUACUUUCUACAUGAACGUGCUCCAGCAGAAGCAGAAGGCUCUGAACGCUGCCUACAUCUUUAAUGGUCUGUCUGUCUCCAUCCCGGGCCUGGAGAAGUCCCUCCACCAGUACACGCUGGAUCCCUCAGAGAAGCCCUUUGACAUGAAGACCGUCCCGCUGGCCACCACUCCCAUCACAGAACAGAAAACAGAAAUCGCUCCGAUUGCUACGAGCAAGCUGCCAGAGAAGUUGGCUCCUUCGCGCCAAGAUAUUUACCAGGAACAACUGGCGUCCAUCCCAGAGUUCCAGGGUCUCGGGCCGCUCUUCAAGUCGUCGGAGCCGGUGCAGUUGACGGAGGCUGAGACCGAGUACGUGGUCCGCUGCAUCAAGCACACCUUCGCUAGACACAUGGUGUUCCAGUUCGACUGCACGAACACGCUGAACGACCAGCUUUUGCAGAAGGUCAUGGUACAGAUGGAGCCAUCAGAGGCCUAUGAGGUGAUACACUACGUCCCGGCCCUCAGCCUCCCCUACAGUCAACCUGGGUCCUGCUACACUCUGAUCCGUCUGCCUGAUGACGACCCCACCGCAGUGUCGUGUACGUUUAGCUGUACCAUGAAGUACCUGGUCCGAGACUGCGACCCCAACACCGGAGAACCCGACGACGACGGCUACGACGACGAAUACGUCCUGGAGGACCUGGAGGUGACGGUCGCGGACCACAUCCAGAAGGUUUUGAAACCCAACUUUGGAGCCGCGUGGGAGGAGGUGGGAGACGAGAACGAGAAGGAGGAGACGUUCGCCUUGGCGUCUGUACGGACCCUUGACGAGGCCGUGGGUAACAUCAUCAGCUUCCUGGGGAUGCAGCCGUGUGAGCGCUCUGACAAGGUUCCAGAGAACAAGAACUCGCACGUCCUCUUCCUCGCUGGCGUGUUCCGCGGAGGUCACGACGUGCUGGUUCGCGCUCGCCUGGCGCUGGCCGACGGAGUCACCAUGCAGGUGACGGUGCGCAGCAGCGAGGAGACGGUGGUGGACGUCAUUCUGGCGUCUGUGGGCUAAAGGUGCUCAGUGCUACCCCUCCAGCCCAUCAGCAGCAUGAUGGACUGUGGGACGUAUAUAUUCCAUAAUUGUGAUUCUGCUGACAGCAUCCAACCUGAACUUAAGUGUUUUGCUGUUUCUUUAUAGUGUCUGCUGGUUAUGUUUCCUUUUAAUAUGGAUAUUUUUCUGUUCAAUCUCCAAUAAAGUCUGACUGUCAAACACCA